GCUUCAACUUAUUACUUUACUGAUGGUCUAAGUUUCGACUGCUUCGUCUGUCCUCAACCUACCAGGCAGGAUGAAGACCACUCGUGCUCUUCUGUUCACGGCCUCCCUUUCUAUUCUUCCAUUUGUACACCCUCGAGCGAGUCCUUUCAAUCGGCUACAUCGACGAGCCGAAUGCGAAGCCAUCCAAGUCGAGGCCGACGAUGGCUGCUGGGCUCUUGCCGAUCGCUGUGGCAUCACCCAAGACAAACUGGGCGAGUACAACCCGGGCGAUGAUUUCUGCACAACACUCGAGCUCGACCAGUGGGUGUGCUGCUCCGAGGGCGAUUUGCCCGACCUCUCUCCACAGCCCGGCGAGGACGGGUCGUGCUUUUCCUACAGCGUCAAAGAGGGUGAUGACUGCUGGGCCAUUGGCGACGAGCACUAUAUCACGGAGGAUGAUAUCUACGACUACAACGGAAAUACCUGGGGCUGGGCUGGGUGCGGUGAAGGGCUGCAAGAGGGCCAGCUCAUCUGUCUGAGUGACGGAGACCCCCCCAUGCCUGCGCCCCUUACCAACGCGACUUGCGGUCCCCAGGUUGAAGGGACGGAGAGGCCCACCGACGGAACAGAAUUGAAGGACCUGAAUCCCUGUCCGUUGAGUGUCUGCUGUAACGUCUGGGGCCAAUGCGGCGUGACCAGUGACUUUUGCAUUGAAGCGCCUGCUGACACUGGCGCGCCGGGGACUUCCCUGCCUGGCGCCAACGGGUGCGUCUCCAACUGUGGAAUGGAGAUUGUCAACAAUGAUGAGCCCCCUUCUGAAUUCGCCCAUGUGGCCUACUUUGAAGCCUGGAAUCCGGACCGGCCGUGCCUGCAUAUGGAUGUUACUGAUAUCGACACCCAGAAGUACACCCAUAUCCACUUCUCUUUUGCGGAUAUUACGCCCGAGUUCACGGUGGACGUGAGCAAGAUUGAGGACCAGUUCAACAUGAUGAAGACCAUGACCGGCAUCAACCGCAUCCUGUCCUUUGGCGGGUGGGCGUUUUCAACCGACGCCCCUACCUACACGAUCUUCCGCGAUGGAGUCACCCCGGAGAAUCGCGAGACAUUCGCCCAGAACGUGGUGGACUUUAUCAACGAGCACGAGCUCGAAGGAGUCGACUUUGACUGGGAGUACCCGUCCGCCCCCGACAUUCCUGGAGUCCCUGCAGGCAUCAAAGAAGAGGGCGAGCAGUAUCUCGAGUUUCUAAAGCUGGUGAAGAGCCUCUUGCCUGACAAGUCCGUCUCCAUUGCCGCGCCUGCUUCGUAUUGGUAUCUUAAAGGUUUCCCCAUGCAAGAGAUUGGCGAGGUUGUGGACUAUAUCAUCUACAUGACCUACGAUCUCCACGGCCAGUGGGACUAUGGCAACGAGUGGGCCAACCCGGGUUGUGAGAAUGGGAAUUGCCUUCGCUCGCAUAUCAACAAGACAGAAACCAUCAGUUCGCUGUCCAUGAUCACCAAGGCAGGCGUCCCCUCAACCAAGGUCUUUGUUGGGAUUGCCAGCUACGGCCGCAGCUUCCACAUGGCCGAGGCCGGCUGUACUGGGGGGAUGUGCAAGUUCACGGGCAGCUACAGCGAGUCUGACGCGACGCCAGGCAUCUGCACCGACACAGGAGGGUACAUUGCCUCUGCCGAGAUCCGGGACAUUCUCCGUCAAGGCCGACUAGGGCUUCGUUCCGUGGAAACGUGGUACGACGAAGAGUCCGACUCGGACAUUGUGGUCUAUGACUCGCUGGAGUGGCUCGCCUGGAUGGACGACGACACCAAGGCCGGACGCAUCGACUGGGUGCGCGGACUGAACUUUGGGGGAGUCUCGGACUGGGCUGUUGACCUCGAUGGAGACGCUGGCACGGGAGGAAGCCUCGAGUAUCGCAGCCCUGAAUCGGCCACUGUCAUUCCGUUUUCUGCGACGAGUGUGCCUCCCACGGCCACAUUCACCCUUGGAGGGCCGGUCACGUCUGAUGUUGAAGGCCAGCCGAAUGCAGGCGCACAGAAUACACCACAAGGGCCUGGAGCGGAUCUAUGCGAGUCUUGCGACCUCAUGCGCCUGAUCACCUCGACCUGCUGUGGUUUGGGCGGCAGCGUACGCAACGGCGUAGAAAUCUCAGCCAAUGUGCCUCUCGCCCGCGGCCUCAUCCUCCCAACUGGCUUUCGAGUGAAUCAGGAUGUCGUCGAGUCCACCAAUGUCAAAUGGUCUGCCGGCGAGACAAUCCCCUGGGAGAUCAUCAUCCCCCGCGGCACCCGCUUCAAAUUCCCCUUUGAGAUCCCGCCUGGCCUGCAGCUGAGCGAUACGGCAUCGGAGGAGUUUGCAGACGACGACGAUGACCAAGGCACGGAUGGGGUCCUAUACAUCAUUUCUGACUUUUGGGAGCGCCCGCAUACGGUCUCAUGCCACUUCCCCUGCACCAUGAUGUUCCCUCCCGUUACCACGACCAGCACCUGGACGCCCCCUCCGUUCACGACCAGCACGGACGGUGAGACCGAGACAAUUACGCCGCCUGUCCACACCACCCAGAAGAUUCGCAUCUCGAAACACACCGUCCAGAGCAGCACGGACUCCCCGCCGACCAAGACCAUUGGGCCGACGCCAGGUCCGGAUCCGCUGUGUGUCAAGAUGAGUGUCCCGGUCUUGGGCGAUAUCCAGGUCGGAAUCUGUCCUCCAUCCAUUGACCCGUUCCCUCCGGAUAUCCCAGACGUGACCAUAGUCCCUGUUCCUCCUGGAGGCAAGCCGGGGCCAACCAAUCCCGCCAACAAGCCCUCGGAAGAUCAAGAAGAAGAGGAGGAGGAAGAAGACGACGAGGAAGACGACAUGAGCUGCGCUCUCCAAGCACCACCCCCCGAUCCCGACGGCGAGUACAGCCCCAUCGACAACGGCGACGACGCCCCCUACAAUUCCGACUACGACGUGCGACCAACCUCUGGCCCUGGCUCAGGUGUAGACCCCGACGACGGCGCGGGUGUCGGAUCCCCCAUCACCACAAUCAUCACCGUGACUGCGCCUCCUCCCCCUCCACCAACCGUAACAGUAACGGUGACGGUCCCGGCCCCAGCACCAGACCCCCCAACGCCCUCGCCAGAGCCGGACCCCGAACCCCCAAAGCCAAACCCCGACACGGAAGAAGAAACCUGCUACAGCCGGCCCAACCGCGAAGUCUUCGGGGGAACCGUCCAAGACGCCCUGGACAACUUCUGCGAGUGGGCAGACGGGCAGAGCAUCGCCGACAACGACUUCCUGCAGGUCAAGGCGCCCGGCGACUUCCUGUCUAAUGUCAUCGUCGGGGUAAGAGGCAAGAACAAGUGCGAGUUUGAGAUUGAGGAGGACGACUGCAAGCGCAUUCUGAACAAGGUCGUGGGGUGUCGGCCGGGGGGGUCGUUGCUGCGGAUUGGCGGCGAGGUGGAGAGUAACUGUGCUGUGUGGACGUUGGAUCCGGUUGAGAAUCUGCAUGGCGAGUGCAUUCCCAUUCCGGCGUUUGAGGCGAUUUGUGCUUUGAUUGAUUUCUUUGCGCCGUGAUCACUUGCAUAUAUAUUUGGGACAAACGAACCGCAAUAUGAUAGCCCUCGUGUGAAUCAAGGCCGGUUAGAUCACCCA